AAAUGCUUUUCGUUGUAACAAAACAAUUAUUUAGGUAAGUUAUCUUAAAAUAUUAUUAAAUAAAUAAUACAUUUUAUAUACAUUAUUUAGCUAUGGUAUCAAGGACAUUUCCAUUAAAAAAAAUAUGGUUUUCGUUGCCCUUACAUACACCCCCAAAAAUACAACACUGCAAAAAAAUUUGGGAAUCUGCCAGUUAGAUACGCACGAUUGAAAAUCGACAAUGAAAUUGAAUUAAGCAUGUUAGAGAAAGCCUGGCACGCCUAUAAAUUUAAUUUAAUUGAUGAGGAGGAGGGGGAACCCUCCAACGCUGUAAUGGCAAAUGAAAAAAAUAUUAUAUCUAUGCUACCGUCAUCGUUAUCACGAACACCACCACCACAAGCAUCAACGUCCCGCCAAGAAAUUUCCGAAUCUCAAAUGACUUUUAUCGGCAACAAAAACAACAACAAUAGUGAGGAUCAUCACUCAUCAAAUUCAAAAAAACGGAAACAUGAUGGAGGAGAUAUAAAGAAAAAUAAGAAAAUGGCACAAUUUGUAGACCCUAUUAUUAUUAUUGAAGGGGAAGAGGGCAGCUACGAAGGCGGCAGCGGCGGCAACAGUCAAGAAUCGCAAAGAUUUUUUUAAAAUAACUAUUUUCUCUCUCUUUGAAGGCGCGGUAUAAUAAAACUGAAUUAAAUAUACCGAUAUAAAAUUAUAAUUGCAUUUUAUUUCAAUAUGAGCAAGGGCGUGAGAAACAGGAUAUACCUAUCGGAAAAUAUCCCCUCUUAGACACAGAAUA